AUGUUUAUGUUAUUUUGUCUUCUCUCAACCCCUCUCAUUCAAUCUUCCGCUGUUCUAUUCAAACAGGCGCCUUCGGAUCGAGACUUAGUACUCAAUGAGAUUCAUGAUAUUACAACCAACAACAUUGGAAGUCUUUGUCAUCAUCAUAAAUACAGGAGUGUAAACAUUGAAAUGAAUGUGUCCAACUACGCCAACACAAUUGAAAGAAUACAGUUUUUUUCUUCCUACCUGAUCUCUGCUAACCUACUCAAUCAAAUAGAUAAGGUUGAAAUGAUGCUUGAAUCUCUGGUUUUCCGUGAUAUAAACAUUUCCAAGCUGAGCAUAUUCAACUUUAAGGAACAAUUUACAGUUAUGGUUGGUCGGGGUCUGGUUGAUGUAAGGAAUGAUACAAGGGAAUACAAAGAAGGAGCUGCCCCUUGGUACAAACAAAGGAUGUCUGAGCUUGACAUGAAGGAUGGCUGGACCCCUCCUUACUAUUCAUGUCUUACUAGAGCUUGGAUGAUGAGUUUUAUGCUCAUUUUACCAAAUCAAAUAAAAAAUGAUAAAAAUGUUGAUUGUAUCCUUGUAGUGGAUAUAAACAUAUCUGGGUUGGAUAUCAAUCAAUGUGAAGCAACACAGGAACAUAACACAGAUAAUUUAUUAUCAAACGAAAGUGGAACCAAAACUAUUAAAUGGUUUGAGGAAUCACAUAAAUGUCACAAUUCCAGUAAGUGUGUAUUUGAACCUGGACACGGCUGGGUAAGAGGAGGGUACGGAUGUGAGUGUAAGGAUGGAUUCUAUCCUGCCUAUCCUACGAAUGAACGAACUAGAUUUAAUGGAAGUCUAGUCGAGGUUGCAUACAUGGAUUCUUUAAGAGACGGCUCUGAGACGUAUACAAUGUUAUAUGAGUGUAAAAAGUGUAGUUUAGAUUGUACAACAUGUACAGACAAUUCACCCUGCAGAGCUGAGUUCAACUGGGUAUUCAGAAGUGUUCUGCUGGUUAUAUCAGUGUUCUGUAUGGUGGUGAGCCUAGUUAUGAUUAUUCUUGUAUUCUGCUUUAGACAUAUGAAAGUGUUUAAAUACUCAUCGCCAACGUUUUUGUGCAUCACUCUAGUCGGAUGCGCUAUUAUGUUUUCAGAGAUCUCAUCAAAAGAUUCCACCGUACUCAUCUGUAGAUCUUAUCAAGAGAUUCCACCAUACUCAUCUGUAGAUAUCAUCAAGGAUUCCACCAUACUCAUCUGUAGAUCUCAUCAAGAGAUUCCACCAUACUCAUCUGUAGAUCUCAUCAAGAGAUUCCACCAUACUCAUCUGACUCCAGGAGCAAAAGAUAAACUUGAUACUGGAGACGCUGAUCUUUACAGACAGCUUUUCAUAUAUCUGGAGCAGCUACAAGAUCUAGUCAGACUCAGGACUAAAGGAGCAGAGGCUAAACCUGAUGCUGGGGAUGCUGCUCUUUACAGACAGCUCUUCAUAUAUCUGGAGCAGCUACAAGAUCUAGUCAGACUUAUGACUCAAGGAGCAGAAGCGAAAGCUGAUACUGGGUACGCUGCUCUUUACAGACAGCUCUUCAUAUAUCUGGAGCAGCUGCAAGAUCUAGUCAGACUUAGAACUCAAGGAGCAGAAGCUAGAGCUGAUACUGGGGACUCUGCUCUUUACAGACAGCUCUUGAUAUAUCUGGAGCAACUACAAGAUCUAGUCAGACUUAGGACUCAAGGAGCAGAAGCUAGAGCUGAUACUGGGGACGUUGCUCUUUACAGACAGCUGUUCAUAUAUUUGGAGCAGCUACAAGAUCUAGUCAGACUUAGAACUCUAGGAGCAGAAGCUAGAGCUGAUACUGGGGACGCUGCUCUUUACAGACAGCUCUUCAUAUAUCUGGAGCAGCUACAAGAUCUAUUUGACAUUUUGUUCAGAGUAAGUUUGACCUACCGGGUAAAGAGUGCGCACAAACUGAAGUUAACUGACCGUCAGCUACUUCAAUGGAUGUGUCCUAUUCUACUCAUUAUGAUCAUAUACCUGGCCACCUGGUCUAUCAGUUCUCCUCCAAAUGGGAUUGAGAUCAGUGUGGAACGAGGGGAGAAGUUUAAGAUCUGUGAAUAUAACUGGUGGGAUCAUUCUCUAGCUCUAGGAGAACUGGUUUUUCUACUGUGGGGAGUUAAGAUAUGUUUCUGCGUGAGGAAAGCCCGAACGUAUUUUGACGAAGCCAAGCUGAUAUCGUGGAGUAUUUACAAUAUCGCCAUUGUCAACAUUGUCAUGGCCAGCUUACACACAUUGAUACUGCCCCGAGCUGGACCUGAUGUCAAAUAUUUUCUUGGAUUUGUCCGAACCCAGCUGAGUACUACAGCUACACUUAUCCUCGUAUUCGGACCAAAGUUUGCCCGAGUGAUUCGAGGGAAAGGAAAUGAUAGUGGAGAAUCGGGUCGGGGAACUACGUCUAUUGUUGGAGUACCGUAUCAUAAAAAUGACCAGAUGGACUUGUAUCAGGAGAAUGAAGAACUGAAGGAAGAAGUUCAGAAACUGGCAGCAAAGGUUGAGUUCUUUAAAAUACUUGGUAUGAUGGCAGAUAACAGACAUCUUACUCCAGGGAAACAAUCAACAUACUUUCCACAAGAAUUUCUAGAUAUACAGAUGAAACAGUAUAAACAAAACAUAAUUUCAAACUCGUUGCUGUCCCGUACCUCGUGUCUAAACUGUUCUACAAAUACAAAUACUGGAAACAAAAGAACUGCUUCAAUUAGGCGGGGAGGAAAUCAAACUUUAAACCGGACCGGAACUAGGCCCGGAUCUGGAAACGGAACUAGGACCGGAACCGGAUUCGAGGCUGAAACUAGCGGACAAAUUCGGCAACUGAAAAAACAGGAUACAGGAUACAAGUUUAUCAAUGGUAGAGUUGAAAGAUCACUUGCAGCCGUGCUUACUGAAAAUUCAGUAGAUUUCUCAGAUAAUCGUCAGUUCCUGGAUCAAGUCUCAGAGCCACAAAAUGUGUAAUGGAUCAAAUGAAUGUUAAAUGUAUGCAAAUAGAUAAAUUAAAUCUAGUUUGUAAUAGUCUGGGACAAGAAUUCUCUGACUCGUUAGAAGAAGAUAUUUCAAGUAGACCCAGGACAGUGGGUGGCCUCUAAACUGAAUGGGACCCGGAACCCCGCCCCCCCCCCCCUCUGCAUCUGCAGGAAACUUUAUUGUAGUUUGGACAAAAUCGCUGUAAGUGUUAUUUAAUGUCAUCAAUAUGAAACUUUUUAUUCUGUAAUAUAAAAAAAUUUUAAUUUAAAAAAUUUCUCACGAAAACUUCUAAUAUCUAAUGAAAGGCUUGAAUCAAAUAUAAAUGUUAAAUGUUAAUAUCUGUAUUUAAUUAAAUAAAUAAAAACAUUUCAAAGUUC